AUUGAAGAGCUUCCAUAGCAUAGACAUGCACACCAGAAUACCUAAAGUGCCUCACUAAAUGUGAAUUCAAUCCGGUGCUGGUCACAAACCAUUCCAACCGAGGCCGGGAGCCAAAAUGCCGAAAAGACAAAGUCUCGGCCGCGCAUCGGCGGCGUGUACGUUUUGCCGUCAGAAAAAGUUGAAGUGCGACGCUGUGAAGCCAACCUGUGGCAACUGCAUAGCCAAAGGUAUUGACUGCCAGCAAGGCCCUGCUCAACAUAAGCCGAGGCCAACAAAUCAAAGAAUUGCACGAUUGGAGUCGGAGAAUGCAUUUCUUCGCCAGCGCCUCCAGACUGGAGAUACACCAGUCGCGCAACAUGGGGCUCCUGGCUUCUCAGUGGAGCAAGCUUCUUCCCCGCAGCCACCAUGCUCAGUGGGCUCUCCAAUGUCGGGUCCUGAAAGGAGUAUUAGGACGCUUGCAAGUGUAGGGACGCGCGGCUCUCAUAUUCCUGCAGAACCGCCUGCAAGUGAUCCCAGGGGCAAUGUCUCUCUAUACCACGGUCCAACCAGCACGGCAUAUUAUGAAACAUCAAGUCCUCAGCAACAUAAUGGGCAAGUCAAUGAUUUUCAUGCCAUGGAAGAAUGGUCUGGACAUCUACUCUUUGCGCAGACCGCGAAAGAGAGGCAACUGGAGCGCUUGAAUCUCAUAGCUGGUCGCCUCGACUUUGAUGGAGUAGACCCCAGCAUAGGAAUGGAAUUGCUCUCCAUCUAUUGGAGCCGCCAGAUCUAUACCGCGCAAAUCAUCCACCGUCCCGUUUUCAUGCGCGACAUGGCGUGCGGAGGUCCUUACUUCUCAAAGCUACUACUCAAUUCUAUAUUCUUCGUUGUUUCCAAACACUGCCUCAGACCUGAAGUCCGCACGGAUCCAGAUGACAUAAACACGGCAGGAUUAAUGUAUCGACAGCGAUUCGUGGAGCUCUUGCGCGAUAAGUUUGAUAAAAGCGAGAUCACUACUAUACAGGCUCUGCUGAUCAUGUCGAAUGCACUCUUCUCGAGAUGUGACGAACGAAGUCUGUCGUGGUUAUACGCUGGGAAUGCUUUUAAUAUGAUCAUUGACCUUGGUCUACAUGUGCUGCCUUCGACAAACAACACGUCUGCGGAGCAGCUAGAGAUUCGAAAGCGGGUUGUUUGGGGGGCAUAUUCGAUUGACAAGAUCCAAUGCCUCCUCCAGGGCCGACCUUCACUCCUCCGGAAAAGAGAUUUUAACACGCCUUUGAAGUUCCUAGACGAGUAUGAUGAGCUCGAGCAAUUUGACAGCAUAUCAUACAAAAAAAACCACCAGCAACUGGGCAUUCCAGCAUUGAAUGUAUCCUUGCUAACGAAGCUGUGCGAAUUGUCAGUUAUAAUUGAGCACUUGAUGUGUGAGGUUUACUCUGAGUCCACCCCAAACGCUCGACUAAGCCAGAAAAUGAAUGUCUGCGAAAGGAUCAAAUCUGACCUGAGCCAAUGGCGGAAAACACUUCCCCCCCAGAUGGACUAUAUUGCCCAUUCAGGUGACCCUGGUUUUGUCCUACCUCAGGCCCUCUGUCUUUUAGCCCUCUGUAACACCCUGGUAAUUCUCUCCGAGCGACCAUUUAUUACGGACAGUCACAGCAGCGCUAUAGUUGCCCAUGAGUCAAUCACAGCGAGCACAGCCGCUGCUAACCAGACCGUCCAAAUUCUGCGCGACUAUGCACAGCACUAUUCAAUCGGGAGCGCACCAUACGUCCUAUCAUAUGCGACUUAUGUCAGCGCAACCAUCCACGCACGGAUCGUGGCGCAUAAAGGGAAAGGCUCAGUUUCAUUUCAAUCCCUUAUCUUCUGUUUGAAUACUCUGGAAGAGCAAAAAGAUAUCUAUGCCGCGGCUAUAAAAGCAAGGCAGAAUCUCGACAGGCUCAUGGAUCAUUUGGGUGUUAAUAUCGUUGUCAAUGAUUCGACGAGUGGAGAAAUCUGCAGAAAUUCGGUUCAGCUGCAAACUGUUCACGAUGAAUCCGUGGCUACGCCUAAUAAAACCCAGGCUGUUGGGACAACUUUUGUGGAAAAUGGCUUCCCGCAAACGAAUUGGGAAUUAUCGAAUCUGGAUCUUGAUGCUAUUCUCCAGGGAUUUCUGCUUGACAGGGAUGGGCAAUUCCCAUUGUAUCCAAUGGGUACAUUAUGAACAAUCCUGUAGGCUUGAUGACAUUAUGAUCUCCUUUUGUUCCAUUUCAUACACUGUCCGAUCAACUUUGGCCUAGUCACGUUUCUGACACCCGCAUCCAAUUUAACUACCUUCGAUUUCUUUUGCCAGAUCAGUCGACAACGCUGCGGCAUCAGUAGCAACAUCUCCUGAACCAAACCUCAUGUCUGCGUAGUCCUUCAAAAGCUUGUGAACAAAGAACCCAAACCAAGUUUCCCCUGGAAAUGCCACUG